CACCUCCUUGGGGGUGGUUGUGCCGCGGGCGAGGGUUCCUCGGCUCAAAUCCCCACAACCCCGCCAGCGCUCAUUCAGAUUCAGUCAUUCACCGCUAGCUUACCACUUCAGUGCACGAGCUCCUUAGUAAACCACUAGCCCCGCAAUUCCCUAGGUUCGUCGCUUUGCCAUUCCAAGUCCUUUCGUGUCGGGUAACUGUGCAAUAGUUUCUCUUUCCUCUCUACUUCAACUCGUUCGAGCGUUGGUACUCUGAAGGCGCGUGCCACCGCGUUUACCACGAGGCUAACGACAGCUUUUCCACAGCACGCGCAUCGCUUUCAACCAUGGCAGUCAGAGCGCAGUUCGAGAACAGCAGCGAGGUGGGCGUGUUCUCGAAGCUGACGAACGCGUACUGCCUGACGGCGGUGGGCGCGUCGGAGAACUUCUUCAGCGUCUUCGAGGCCGAGCUGCCCGACAUCCCCGUCGUUAAGGCCUCCAUCGCCGGCACACGCAUCAUCGGUCGCAUGUGCGCAGGCAACAAGAACGGUCUACUGCUACCCAACUCCACGACGGAUCAAGAGCUGCUGCACAUGCGCAACGCGCUGCCGGACUCGGUUGUGGUGCAGCGUGUGGACGAGCGGCUGUCGGCGCUGGGCAACUGUGUCAGCUGCAACGACUACGUGGCGCUCAUCCACACUGACCUCGACCGGGAGACGGAGGAGCUAAUAGCGGACGUGCUGGGAGUGGAGGUGUUCAGACAGACCAUCGCGGGGAACAUCCUUGUCGGCAGCUACUGCGUCUUCACCAACCGAGGCGGGCUGGUGCACCCACAAACAUCUGUGGAGGAUCUGGACGAGCUGUCAUCAUUGCUACAAGUGCCCUUGGUGGCCGGUACAGUGAACCGCGGCAGUGAGGUGGUGGGGGCGGGGCUUGUGGCGAACGACUGGGCGGCAUUUGCAGGGUUUGAUACAACGGCCACGGAGCUGUCUGUCAUUGACAGCGUGUUCAAGCUGAGGGAGAGCGUGGCUCCCAGCGUGGUCCAUGAAAUGCGCGCCUCGCUCAUUGACACCCUUGUAUGAUCGUGCCGUGCAGGCCAGUGGGAAUUGCUGGAUGGUUGGUUGCGUAGCUGAAUUAUGCAUUUGCUUGCUGUUUGUGGUGCUGCUUGUGGUCCUCCUACAAGUUGAUGUUGGAGGACUUGAUCAAAUGUUUUGGCUUGGCAUGUCAGUUCUUCAUAUCAAACAGUAAAAUUAAUGAAUAGAGAGAGAGAGUACACAAACAUAUACCUAACUGUUGUACUCUCUAGAAGAUGACCCUAUACAGUCUAUACAAGCAUGAUAACUAA